UCAAACCUGGCAGUUUCACACGGCUUCUGCGAGCCCUAAAUUGCACACGGAUAAGUGUCACUCGCUCAAAGUAGGGCAUCAAAUGACAUUGGUUUCUCUUUGUCUCAUUAGAACGAUUACAGGAAGUUAUCUAUGCAAUGCAAGGACUUUGUUGUGGGUGUGCUGGAUCUCUGCAGGGAUACGGAAGAAGUAGAGGCUAUUCUGAACGGAGAUGUGAACAUACAAGUCUGCUCUGAGCAUCAUCGCCCAAGCCUGAGCAGAAUUAAGCUUGCCAUUAAAUAUGAAGUCAAAAAGUUUGUCGCUCAUCCCAAUUGCCAGCAGCAGUUGCUCACCCUGUGGUAUGAAAACCUCUCAGGCUUACGGCAGCAGUCUAUCGCUGUGAAAUUCCUGGCUGUCUUCGGAGUCUCCAUUGGCCUGCCUUUCCUCGCCAUAGCGUACUGGAUUGCUCCCUGCAGUAAGCUGGGACGGACACUCCGAAGUCCUUUCAUGAAAUUUGUGGCACAUGCAGUUUCUUUCACAAUCUUCCUUGGACUGUUAGUAGUGAAUGCCUCAGAUCGAUUUGAAGGGGUCAAAAACCUUCCAAAUGAGACCAUCACAGACCAUCCCAAACAAGUAUUUAGAGUGAAAACAACUCAGUUCUCCUGGACAGAACUGCUUAUCAUGAAGUGGGUAUUAGGGAUGAUAUGGUCAGAAUGCAAAGAAAUCUGGGAAGAAGGGCCUCGGGAGUAUGUCCUGCAUCUUUGGAACCUGCUGGAUUUCGGAAUGCUCUCCAUCUUUGUGGCAUCAUUCACUGCAAGGUUCAUGGCUUUUCUCAAAGCCACCGAAGCACAACAAUACGUAGAUCAGUACGUUCCGGAUGAUGACCUUAAUAAUGUCACCCUUCCCCCUGAAGUUGCUUACUUUACUUAUGCCAGGAACAAGUGGCUUCCCUCGGAUCCUCAGAUCAUAUCAGAAGGACUAUAUGCAAUAGCUGUAGUACUCAGCUUCUCCCGCAUUGCUUACAUUCUUCCAGCGAACGAAAGCUUUGGCCCCCUUCAGAUCUCUUUGGGAAGGACCGUGAAGGAUAUCUUCAAGUUCAUGGUCAUCUUCAUCAUGGUGUUUGUUGCCUUCAUGAUUGGAAUGUUCAACCUUUACUCUUACUAUCUUGGUGCAAAAUAUAACCCAGCGUUUACAACGGUAGAAGAAAGUUUUAAAACCUUAUUCUGGUCAAUAUUUGGCUUGUCUGAAGUGAUAUCAGUGGUGCUGAAGUAUGAUCAUAAGUUUAUUGAAAAUAUUGGAUAUGUUCUCUAUGGAGUUUAUAACGUUACCAUGGUGGUGGUGCUGCUUAAUAUGUUAAUAGCCAUGAUCAACAACUCCUAUCAGGAAAUUGAGGAGGAUGCAGAUGUGGAGUGGAAGUUUGCGCGUGCCAAACUAUGGCUCUCAUACUUUGACGAAGGAAGGACUCUACCUGCUCCUUUCAACCUAGUGCCAAGCCCUAAAUCCUUUUAUUAUCUCAUAAUGAGAAUCAAAAUGUGCCUCAUAAAACUCUGCAAAUCCAAGGCCAAAAACUGUGAAAAUGAUCUCGAGAUGGGCAUGCUCAAUUCCAACCACCGGAAAAUUCGUUUUCUGUCUAGCACACGAAACACAGAAAAUUUUUCUGGGAAGAAUGCUUAUAACAAGCCCACGAGAUAUCAGGUGGCAACACUACCUCCCUCUGGAUUCUACUACCUUGGCCAUCUCCAGCAUACAAAAAUAAUGAAGCGUCUUAUUAAGCGGUAUGUACUGAAGGCUCAGGUGGAUCGAGAAAAUGAUGAAGUCAAUGAAGGAGAACUUAAAGAGAUUAAGCAAGAUAUUUCCAGUCUCCGCUAUGAACUUUUGGAAGAAAAAUCACAAGCCACUGGAGAGCUGGCAAGGCUAAUACAACAGCUGAGUGAAAAGUUUGGGAAGAACUUAAAUAAGGACAUUUGAGCGUAAAGAAAGGGAAAGCUGACUAGUUUUCUAAACAUUUAUUUGAUAUUUCAACCAGCAUUUUAAGAGAGCAAAAACACUGCAAGAGAUGAGUACUGGACACUCAAUUUUUUGCAACGUAACAAAUAUUGGUAGGGGCACUGUGCAUUAGACUGUGGUAUUGGAUGAAGCCAAUGUUCAUAUAUAUCCUUUAUGAUAUAAAGGGGACACAUCUGUAUAAAAAUGAGCCCAUCGACAUCAGAUGUAGAUGCACCAUCUCCAAAAGAUAAUCAUGGUUAUUCUAGAUACCCAAAGCACCUUUUACAAAGGCAAAGGGCCAAAUGCUCACCUGGUAUAAACUGACAUAGCUCCAAUGAAGCUAUGCUGAUUUAUACCACCUGGGGAUCUGACUCACCAACAUUUGGGUUUAGAGCUGGGUGAAGCCUGCUGAAAAGCGUUCCAUGAAUACCCAUUCCUCUUUUCAAACAUAGUCACGUUCCCAUACGUGUGCACACUUCUUUUCUGUUUGCCUUUCAUGGUCGUCAGUAAAAUUGAAUUUGAAUAGCGCUGUAGUUAAUGAAAAGCAAAUGUAAAGUCACACACUAAAAUACGGUCAUCUCAAUUACUCUUCCCAGGAGUAUUUGUCGUAGAGAUUUAAUGGGAAGAGUUAACUCAUCCAAUUCAAAGAGGAGCAACAACACUAUGUGACCAUUCAUAAUGAAGCAACUGAGCUCAAAUUUGAGAUGUCAAAUGGCAAGCCGCAGAGUAAAUGAAAUUUACGGGCACACGGUUGGAUAGUUUCAAACCAUAAACGCGUUAAUUUAAAAAAAUAUAUCCCACUGACUAAGGACAUCCCAUCAGCACAAAGGGGUAUUUGCCAACUGAAUGGUUUGCUGUGAGUUGUGUGUUCAGCUCAAAAACAAGGAGAAAUUAAAACCAGUGACUCAAUGUGAUUGCAGAUUGUACACUCUUGCAAGUGAAAAGCGAUCAGUCUGCACAACACAGCUGAAUAUUCAGUUGCUUCUCGUUAUGUUAUGGAUUUCAGCUGCUGAAAGCACACCUUACUACUUUGAACCACGAAACUGUAUUAUUUGUUUACAAGGCGCACCUAUAGGCUGACCAUUAUAUUUAGAUAUCAGCUCAGAAAAAUAAGCAGGACCAGAAGGUGACCUGUGACCAGAUCUUAAGUGCCAGAUGAGAACACAGAUAGCCUAAUAGAAUAAUAGUUAUAUUUGUAAAAAAAAAAAUAAAAAAAAAUAAAAAGUGUACUGUAGGUAGAUCUGUUUAGAGAAAAAAACCCAACAAAAUAAUGUAUUUUUACCUUUAAUAAGAUUAUCUUGUAUACUGUCAUAUUUUUACCUAAAAAUGGAAAACAAAA